CCACGUUAUGCAACCACAAUUCCCAUAACUGUAAAUUUCCCUGUAAAAUUCAAGAAGUUCGUCCCGUUUUAACAUGCCUGCCGGUAAAUGUUCUUCGCGUCUUCGCUAACUGACUUUGAUCUCAAAGUCGAUCUUGACUUUAAACCGAGUUAAUGUUAUCUAACGCCAAGCGCAUUUAAAAGAAGCAUUAAACCGCACUCUUCCAAGUAAAGGAUCUUACGCGGCGCCGUGCGGCCGAUGAAUGACCGAAGACAGUCUCGACCACGUUUGAUCCAUGACCGCGGAAAAACAAACUGCAGUUGCGGAUGGAAGGAGAGAUUCGGUCACGGUGUGGCGUUCACGCUCGCCGUCUUCGAAGCGAAGCGUCUCCUCGUGCUCGCUCUGGAGAUACUUGCGGAGUGGCAGGUGAUCUAUUUUGCAGGUGGCCUACAGCCAGUCGCCCUCACCCUUGCGGAUGUGGUCUUAGGGUUGCUAUGUGCUAUCAUAACCGUACGUGCUAUACACAGGCGUACAUUAUCGAACUUUCGUCCGAAGACUAAGCGUGUUCUAAGGUACCUCCUGAUAAUCAUAGCCGUGUGUGCCGCUAUGAACACGGCGACCUUAGCCUCAAUAGGGUACCACAUCAGUGUGAGACAAGAGACGUUGGUCGACGUCUUUAAUACCUCGAUGCGAAUGUACGGCAGUGCAGCAUCUUACAAAUAUGCCAUCGAUGAAAUACAAUUCAUGUUACAAUGCUGCGGUCAUACUUUCUAUACUGACUGGUUCUUCUUCGACUGGCAGAAUGUAGAUUACGCAUCUCGAGAAGACAUGACGAGACAAAGCCGGAUCUCGGACGAGGAUUACAGAGAUCGCAGUGUCCCCUUCAGCUGUUGCAACUUGCGUGUAAUGACACCUUGCAUGCACACGGAGAUGACAGACGACAAAACGAUAAACGUGAAUGGCUGCGCCGCUGCGAUCAGCCCCAUUCUUCUCAGAAUCGUCAUCGUCGCUUACGUCAUGACCAGCACCUUGAUCAUUAUACAAGUGCUAUUAGCGUUUUUAAUUACUAGGAUGGUCUCCACGUUUGUUCCGCCUGCAAUAACAUUUCCUGCUCGAUGUCAUGCUGCGUUACAAGCAAGUCCAGCGUUGAAGAUCUGUAGACAACAAUGUUCUCACAAAAAAUCAAUCGGGAAGAAAAAAGCAACGAAACAACAAUUUCCGUUAUCGACAGAAAAAAAUAGUUGCUUUGAAAAAUCCAAACUUAGAUGUUCCGUUACCGGACGAGGUUGUUCUAACUCAAGUGACAAAAAGUAUAUCCAGGAUGUAGCAAAGAUCAAACCGAGCGUUCACGAGGAGCACAGAAUAUCUAUAAAACGUCUUCAUAACGUCUGCUUGUAUUGAAGCUCUAUCGUAUUGAUGACUUAGAAAUUUUCGAAGCAACAGUUCUUCCAAACAAAUUUAUUAAUGACGGUAAAAUACUAGUGUCACGAUAAGAGAUAAGUUGAGAGACAAGUAGUGAGGUAAAUAGAUUUCCUUUUUAUAUAUUCAAAACGUCAGAUUCAGUUCAGUUCGACUCGUGAAACAAAAAUACGACGUUGGCUUUGUUAUAAAGCCGUUAGUUAUCCGACCAUAAGCUUGUGUUAAUUAACUAAAUCUGUUAUAUCUUACUCAGCUAUUAAAAGUGGUAAAAUGACUUCUCAAUUUUGAUACAAAAGUCAAAAGCAAGAAAAAAUCACACAAAAGUAGUACGUCAAGAUUUAAGUACGUUGAGAGGCUUUGUUAUUGUUAUGCAUAAUUAUGCUUUGAAUUGAGCAUCAGAAAAUGUUGCAAUCUUCCUACAGCUUUGAUAACUAAGUCAACAAUUCUAAAUUGCUUUAUAGUAUUCAUAUGUUAAUAAUCUACCGCAUCUUAUUUUUUUAUCAAUAUCGUAAGUAUAGUUUGAUAAGCUGGAGUUUAAAAUGUGCUUUUUUCGGGUUUACGCAUAUAACAUGUAAAAAAUGUCACUUCUAAUUGUAAUUAUUUCUUUGGAAAAGUUAAACGUUUAGAAAUUUCACAGGUGCUUAUAAAACCUUUU